CCCAGGCCUGGCCCCCCCUCGCGGGGGCGGAUGGCGGCGGCGGCGGCCCCGGCACUGUACGCCUGCACCAAGUGCAACCAGCGCUACCCCUUCGAGGAGCUGUCCCAGGGCCAGCAGCUCUGCAAGGAAUGUCGCAUUGCACACCCCAUGGUCAAAUGCACCUACUGCCGGUCAGAGUUUCAGCAGGAGAGCAAAACUAACACAAUAUGCAAGAAAUGUGCCCAAAACGUGAAGCAGUUUGGAACGCCGAAGCCUUGUCAGUACUGUAAUAUUAUUGCAGCAUUUAUUGGCACAAAAUGUCAACGUUGCACAAACUCGGAAAAGAAAUAUGGACCACCUCAGACAUGUGAACAGUGCAAGCAGCAAUGUGCUUUUGAUCGAAAAGAGGAGGGAAGAAGGAAGGUUGAUGGGAAGUUGUUAUGUUGGCUCUGCACACUGUCCUACAAGAGAGUUCUCCAGAAGACAAAGGAACAGAGAAAAAGUCUAGGGUCUUCACAUUCUAAUUCAUCAUCCUCAUCUCUGACUGAGAAAGAUCAGCAUCAUUCAAAACACCAUCACCAUCACCACCAUCAUCACCGUCACAGCAGCAGCCAUCACAAAAUAGGCAGCCUGAGUCCAGAGCAAGAUCAGGGACUAUGGAAACAGAGCCAUAAAUCCUCUGCAGCUAUUCAGAAUGACACUCCAAAGAAAAAACCCAAACUGGAAUCCAAGCCAUCCAAUGGAGAUAGUAGCUCUAUAAAUCAGUCAGCAGACAGUGGGGGAACUGACAACUUUGUCCUCAUAAGUCAGCUAAAAGAAGAAGUAAUGUCACUGAAACGUCUUCUGCAGCAAAGAGAUCAAACAAUCUUAGAGAAAGAUAAAAAGUUGACAGAGCUGAAGGCAGACUUUCAAUACCAGGAAUCUAAUUUGAGAACAAAGAUGAACAGUAUGGAAAAAGCUCACAAGGAAACUGUGGAACAACUACAGGCCAAAAACAGAGAACUACUCAAACAGGUUGCAGCAUUGUCAAAGGGUAAAAAGUUUGAUAAAAGUGGGAGUAUACUAACAUCUGCUUGAGGAACUGGCUAUUCAUGUGGGGGUUACUACUCAAUGUAAAUUUGGGUAAUUCUGUGAAGCCCUUAAAAUCCUGUGUAGUGGAAAAAUAUUUUUGCACACCAGAUUAGUUGGCCUGUUUCCUACACACUUUUAUAAUAUGCAGCUUUUUUAGUUAUUGUUUGAAUUAGAUCCUUCAACUGGCUUGAAGAUUUUUUUUUUUAAUUUUUUUGAUAUUGGGAACUUUUUUGCCAGCAAUAGUAUUAAACAAUUGCAGAGGGGUAAUAUAGCAGUGCUCUUUUUAAAACACAACAUGCAAUAACAAAAUAGGUGUACUUUCUAAAGAGUUCAAAGCAACAGUGGAGUCCUUUAAACUAUGCUAACUUCAGCCAAAAGUCCAUUUUCAAGUUUAUAAAUCUACAGCGAUCCCUCUUUUGAAAUACAAAUAUGAACAUUGGGUUCUGGCAACUGUUCUUUUACUUUGUAUCAAAAUGUA